CAAGUCAUUAUUUAGCUGUGGUUCAAGUUCAACAAAGGAUUGAAACAAAACUGAGUGAAAUUGUUAGGCCGAACCUGCAAGAAAUGUCUGCAAUAUUGAGAUUUCUGUUGCUAUUCAGCGUGUGGUCCAACGAACGCGUCAGCUCUCAGCGAGGAUACACUUUAGUAAGGCACGCCAAUGUGAUGCAGACGACAGGAAAAAUAGAAAAAAUGAAAGUGAAUUCAAUAUCAGAAUGUUUACAGCAUUGUCUUGCUAAUUGUCAAUGUUCAACAUUUGACUUGCGCGAGAAUGAUACGACUUGCUAUCUUGGAACUUAUCCUAAAGACCCAACACAACUGACACAGGAAGAAGGUCAUGGGCACUUUGACAUUAUUAAACAGAAUGAACGACACUGUGACGCUGUGAGUGGAUGCACGCAAUCAAUAAACUGCUGUUUGACAUCAACACCGUGUCUUAACAACGGCACUUGCUCCCCUACCGACGAUAUACAAGAUCGUUUUACCUGCGCAUGUGCGUCAGGUUAUGGCGGGAAAAAUUGCGAGGCCAGGAUAACGUCAUGUCGAGGCUACGCUAACGGAUCUCGCAUUCCGGGAAUAUACAACAUUUUAGAUUCUGCGAACGUGUCCUACAAAGUUUUUUGCGAUUUUGAAAAAGAUUCCAAUUUAUCCUGGACUUUGGUGCAGUCAUACAGCAUCGAGGAAAAGGCUUAUUUUCAAAAGCCAUUUUUCAAUGAUUUGAGCAGAAACGCAGAAAGCCCUGAAAAUUGGCACUCCUAUCGUAUCUCCAUGCCAAGAAUGCAGUCAAUUCAAAACGAUUCGACAAAAUGGCGAAUCACUUGUGAAUUUGACAAAAACAAAACGGUAAAUAAGACGGAUUUUUUGUUAGGUGCCAAGAAAGACGUUGAUAUUCUAACUUACGACGAGUUUGGCGUGUGUAAAAGGCUUGAAUACGCGAAUGUCCGGGGAUUUGAUUGUUUUGACUGCACGCUCGUGCUCUAUCAAAGGACAGGUUAUUCACUGCAUUCUGAUGCGCUAAGAUCUCAACAAAAAAAUUGUGAUUUAAAAGUAGAUGUUGCUAAACAAUGCGGUUCUGGUGGAGAGGAUAAUUUUGGAUUUUACCACUGUCAGAAUGUAGAGCACAGAUGCAGCGCUACGCCAAAAUCAACGACACAAACCUGGCUUGGUGGUUAAAACCGGCUUGGAUUGCUAUCAUCAAUCAACUCU